CACGCCCAAGGUGAGAGCGCAGCUGGCGCUUGGACGCUCAUCGUUCUCGACUGGGUGCGCGACCUGGGCCCGCGCUCCCCCCGGCUAUUGUCGCGAUUCACAUUCAUAUCUCCACCGACGGCCACGCGGCGGCGGCGGCCUCGCUCGCCGGCUCGAUGUUGAGGCCUGUCGAGGUGCUCCUCGAUCUGACUGACGACUCGCUCCUCACACUCGCCUUUGUCAUCGGCGAGAACCGGGUACCGAGCGUGCGGCGCCAGCGUGCGCUCAUGUGGGACUCGCCCAUCACGAGUGCAGCAAUCGAGCUGAAGGCACUGUCGUGCACAUGCCACGCACUGCACACGCUUCUGGCGCCGCACUUGACGACGCUUCGCGAGCACCUCUUGGAGAAGCUGCGGUGCUCCCAGGGCAGCACCGACGUUACCCGCAGAAGGCUCGCCGACCAGACCCUGCUGCUCUGGCGCUCGGCGCUUCUGAAACCUCAGCACCGUUGCGCUGCCCUGGCUGAGGACAGGGUGGCUGUGAACCCUGCCCAGCUAGCGGCCACCGAGCGCGAGAUCGCAGCCCUCACGCUGCCUGCCGAUGGCAGAGCACGCCCACGCUCGCGCACCACGCGAAGUCGCCUAAAGCUCGCACCGGCGCAAUCUUAGCUCGGCCUUAGCUCAGCGUUUCCGACACAGCGGUCACAGUGGCCGCUCGGCUACUACCUGAUAGUCCUACCACAUGGCCGAAGCUGAGCUGCUACUUCUGCUACGAUAUAGCCCAUCACCUGGCCGCAGCUGAGCACACUCAGUAACAGCUUCACGCUUAGUCCGGACGUUGCUGUCUUUGUGAGCGUUAUUGAUCCAUUGCCAGGCUUUAGGGAGGGGGAGAGGGAGUAGGGAGAGAUCUCCGGUAGCCACAGCUCGUACGCGAUCCCAGGGCAGGGGGGUGUGGAUUCUGGAGCUCUAAGGGGGGACAGAGAGAGGAAGGGAGAUUGGUGUGCCUGUUUUUCGCGCUAAAGCAUUUUCCCCCCUCUAGCCUCUAGGUGUCGAGCUCGAGACUCUAUAUUUUUUUGAUUUUCGUUG